CCUUGACUGAUCGGCGGUCAGGUUCUGCAUCUGUGUGUGAAAAAUUAACAUUAGCCACAGUUUGAUUUUCUUGUUUGCAGUUGCUGAGUGCAGACAGGUGCAUCUCUGACGGCCUCCAAAGACAGAGCACUGUAGGUAUGUCCAAAAAUGAGCAUCCCUCUGUGUUUGUGGUGGACAGCCACGCCACGAGGCCUCCAUUACCACCCAGGCUGGGACAAAAGAAACAGCGUGCUGGGGCAGCACAGACCCUGCUGUUCCUGCUGGUGAGCCUGGCGUUGUGUGGCAUGGCCAUAGAAGCCUGCCUCAUCUACAGUCUCUACCAACUUGAAUCUGCUGACUCAGCAUCAUCCUCUAAGAUCAUCAGUGGUGAUGAUGCUCCCACUAUAUGGCCCAGGUACAAUAUUCUUCCAUCCAAACCAGUUGCACAUCUGACAGAUGGACAAGAUGUAGUUCAUAAACAAGAUAUCAUGGCAUGGAGUAUGAUUGCAGACCCUCUCCUCUAUGAAAUGACCUACAAAGAUGGCGGUCUCAUCAUUCAGAAGGAGGGUUAUUACUAUGUCUAUUCAAAGAUUCUCUUCAAAGACAGUGGAAAUUUUUACCAUACCAUCACUAGGCAUACUGUAAAGUACACAGGGGGAAGCAUCCCCCUCCUGCAGUCCAGGACAUACUCCCCAAAGUCGAGCACAGCACGAUCCAACAGUUACCUGAGUGGAGUGUUUCACCUCGACAAAGAUGACGCUCUUUAUGUGACAGUCAACAACACCACAAAGAUUGAUCGAAACAAAUCCUAUGAGAACAUCUUUGGUGCAUAUAUGAUCUAAACAUCACAUUGAUCAUUAUCACCAUCAUUAUCAGCUUCGAAUCUGAAAGUUUGGAAUAAGAAUAAAUAGUGGAUAAGACAUGUCAUAGAAUCUUCUCAGGGAUUAAUAAUGAUUCUCUUUGUAAUGUAAGAGCAGGUCCAUAACCAGGAAGAGAGGUGUGGUGUAACAAAUCAGGCACUUUUAAUAUGCUCACUUGUAUAUUCACAUAGAUCAGUUUUUCUCAUUUUCAUAUUGCUACUGAGUAUAAGCAUAAGCAUCAUGCUAAAAUAAAAAACAUAAUGUAA